AUGUCUGACUCGCAGUCGACUGACGGGACUAAGCCCACCCGAGUAAUUCGACGGCGCCGAAAAUGUCGUGCUUGUGAUUCCUGCUACAGGAAGAAGAUACAGUGCGAUCAAGCCACCCCCAAAUGCAAUUGGUGCUACCACCAGAAUAUCCCCUGCACAUUUACGCGCAAUCACGAACGCUUCCGGGGCCAGCAAUUGAACCCUGCCAGCUCUGAGCGCUCGAACCUACCACCUGAGUCUCCUCGACCAGAAUAUUUGCGUCCCGAUCCUCACGGAUCCACGGGCAAACCUCAUAAUAUGCGGUUGACUCUUGGAAACAUCUGCACUUUCAACGGGCUACCUUUCUUCUCUUCUAGUGGCAGGGAAUGGAUCAAAAAGCAAACCGGAGAAGAUGCUAAUCUGACCCAAUUCCUACUUGAUCGAAAUCAUUCAUCUUUUACGAGUGGUCCAGCAACCUCUAUUAGCUCGACUUAUCAUCCUUAUUGCUCAUUAUCCCUUCCAGACAAGACAUUGCUGUAUCAAAUCUUGAACGCUUAUACAUCGUCUGUAUUUUUUCAUAUAUUUCCAUUCAUCACACCUUCACUGUUUGAACAUACGAUACGUGCUGCCUACCAUCAACAACUGUCAUCCAUAUCCCCCGGCGCUGCGAGUGCUAAGGCGUGUGUAAUGGCGUUUCUUGCCAUGAGCCCGAUGUUUUGCCAUUUCUUGGACCCGAGUCAGCUGCAGAUUAUGGGCCAACUUGGAUCUGAGACUUAUCGCUCGCUACCCGAAGUUUUUAGUGAAUCAGUCACAGUAGAUGGUUUGCAAGCACUUUUAUUACUUUGCAUCCACAGCCAAGCUAUAGUGGGCGACUUGUUCACUGUAAAUUUGCUUACAGCUGCAGCAACCAGAUUUGUCUAUCAACUCGAAGGGAACAUCACCCCUGUUAAUGUAGAUGAACAGUCGUUACCAUUGAAGCGACAUAUCCGAAAUCUAUUCUGGGUAUGCUAUCUUAUGGAUCACGAAAACAGUCUACGCAGCGGUCUUCCUCCCAACUUCGAUGACACCCACUGCGACUUCUCCCUUCCUGAAUGCUACGGUGAUUUAUCUGCCCCGAGCACUUGUUCCCCUCUCUUUCUCCCGUUCAUCCGUCUAUCAAUCGUGCAAUCUGAAAUAUACCGUCGACUCUACUCUGUUUCGGCACUUCGACAAACGGACGCCCAACUGCUCGGCACGAUUCAGGAUCUGGAUGAAUUACUCGAGAACUGGAAAUUGUCAAUCCCAAUUGACAACAGACCCACCUUCACAGAGCGUCCCUCCGACGCGGGAAGUAUGCCUUCAUCCGUCAUGCAGCUACAAUAUCACUACUGCAUGGCGACUAUUCACCAAGCCAGUGGUCGCUGUAGCUCCUGGGCCCAGAACCAGAACACGCACGGCCCGGGCUCCAGUCUCGCCAUCAGCGUCGAAGCUAGUCGGUCGCUUCUGCGGAAGUUCUCCGAGUCCGAGCUGGACUUUCAUCGUCGCAAUUUGAUGUUUUGUCUACCAUAUAUCACUGUCGUCAUGAUUCACCUGUUCUGCAAUUUCCUGCUGAACCCUCUCGACCCACGCUGUCGGGCUGAUCUGGAUGUCAUGGAACGACUUCCUCACCAAAUUCAGGCUCAUGUGUGGCCGCAGGCUCCUGCUCCGUUUCUAACGCAGGUGGAUUUCGUGAAGGAGCUGAGUACGGAGUUGCAGCGUCUUGCGCAUAGUGCACUUCGUAAGGCUAUGGAGGCACAGGCCCAGACUUAA